UCACGCCUCUGGUAUCAAUUGAUUCUGAUGAGUUCCUACCAGUAGUUACUACAUGGACUUGCAAUUGCACGUAAAAGAAAAUGCAUCCUUGUCCAAGGACACGUAAAAACGCGGGCCGUGUCGCGUUCGCUCCCCUUUUCUCGAAACAAACGCGUUUGCCGGAGAUCUUUUUAACGAAGAACCAACCCGCUCAACGCACCAUCAAGGAACCACUCCAUUACUCUGACAGCCGGAAUACUCUGGAUUGUGUCUCGAUAGUGAAUUCGAAAUAUCUCUGAAUCUUUUUGUUCCUCUUUGAAGAUCGCUCCUCUUGUCCAUAUCUGCAACAUAACACUCUGGGAAAUUACUCAGGGACUCACCACGGAACAUGAGUGCUCGACCUGCGAAACGCCCAAGAGUCGAAACUGAUGAUGACGACGAUGGUUUCACUGGCAGUCGCUCUAGAAUUGCAAAGCGCCCAAGGCGUAGAAUUGCAAAACGCCCAAGGCGCAAAGAGAUCGACAGCUUGAUAGCUGACCUCGACGACAAUGACUGCCGCGACCUCUUGCACCAAGCAGCAACGGCCCACCCGGACGUUUUGAUGUCCAUUCGCGCUGUGCUCAGGGCCCUGAACGCACGGGCGGUCAGUACUGAUGUUUGGGGUUUUGAAUGGCAGACCGACGACGUUUGGAAGCUGCUGAACGUCACCUGGAGCAAGGAAAGCGCGUCGCGCCAAUUAGAAUCAGCUGGCUAUGUGGAAAAUGCAAUCAUCUAUGAUAUCGAGCAUAUUCGCGAUCAUGCAGCGAAACCAAGUGCGUCGUUGGGGACCAAAGUAAACGGUCUCGAAGGCCUCCGCAAGAUCGGAGAGACCGUUCUCACUAGCUCAAACCCGCUUGCCCACGAGAUACAGAAGCGCUCUCAGUGGGAUACUUCCUUGAUAGACACAAUGACCAAGAUAGUGGACGCUAUGACCUAUGAGGAACAGAAAGAGAUAUGCCUCUGGGAUGAUGGAGAUGGACACUGGCAGAACAAAAUGAAUGAAUUGGCCACGUUGAGUAUGCGUAUGCAGCACCGUUGUUUCAAGGGCCUCGUGGGUGUAAUAUCAACGCUUCAAAGAUGGAUGUGGGAAGAAGAGGAAGAGGAGGAGGAUGAAGAAGAUGAGAGCGAAGAUUGCGAUGAAGAUGAUGAUCAUGAUGAGGUCGACCACGCGCGUCGUCGCAGUCGUCGCAGACUUGAAGCGGCCAUGAGGCAUCACCUUGCAUUCGAGUGUAUGGGGAGAGACGAUGAAGAGGAGCAGAAUGAAGAAUAUCAGAGCGAAGGUUUCGAUGAGGAUGAUGAUCAGGAUGAUGGAGAAGACGAGAAUGACGACGCGGUCGCGCAGCCUGGUCAUGAACGUGAAGGGCAAAUAAGUUUCCACCAGCGCCUCUUCUGCCAGUGAAGUGGUUUAUUAAGCCAACUGGAUCAUUUGACCUCCUUAGCGACUUCCCUUGCCGGAAACAAUCUCGAAUACUCACUUGCUAUCCAGGAUCAUGGAAGUCAAAUCAUCGCCAACUCUUUUUGUUCACUUUUCUUGGAAAGAUCUUGCGGGCGUUUGGUGUUACUAUGUAAACUAUGAAAUUGUACCUUAGCCGGAUGAAAACAUCAGUCAUAUUCUAUUGUGGGAUUCACAUUUCAGGCUAUGCAAAUAUGUUUGUUGGGAAUGUACAGUUUAUGCCCUCAUCCAGACCACGCUGUAUCUAGUCUAGACUGAAGAAAUUAAACCAAGCAAACGACCAUGAAUCAUGGAAUUAUAUGGCCAAUUGUAAACAGGGGAAAUCAUUGAAAGCUCAAGAAUUCUUCAGGGUCUUCGAAAAGCUGAUCGAGG